UUCUUCCAAGAAGAAAAUUUUUUCGUACAUCUAAAUUAACUCAUCUUUUAGCGUUACCGUUCGUGAAGGCUGCCGAAACUAUCUCCUUUUAAAAAAUGAAGGAAACACCACUAUCUAUAUGUGAAAAACAGUGUGUAAUCCAAGCUGUCAAAGAAGGACAGAGGGUAGACGGAAGGAGUCUUUCGGAGCAACGAAAGACUUGUAUUACAUUUGGAACAGAAUGGGGUUGCUGCCAGGUACUUCUUGGAAACACCAGAGUCAUGGCGCAAGUGUCGUGCAGUAUUCAAGUCCCUAAAUCAUCAAGAGCAAAUGAAGGAAUGUUGUUUAUCAAUGUAGAAAUGUCUACUAUGGCAGCUGAACAUUUUGAAGCUGGUAGAUUAGGACAACAAGGCAUUGAAGUCAAUAGGCUGGUUGAAAGAUGCAUUAAAGAUUCCCGCUGUGUUGACUUGGAGAGUUUAUGCAUUUUGGUUGAAGAGCAAGCCUGGGAAGUUCGAGUUGAUAUUCAUGUAUUAAACCACGAGGGAAACCUGAUUGAUGCUGCCACUUUGGCUGCUCUUGGCGCCCUCUGCCACUUUAGAAGGCCUGAUGUUACUCUUGACGGCCGGCAAGUUAUCGUUCACCAGCUAGAUGAACGUGAUCCGGUUCCACUGACUAUCUUACAUUAUCCUCUAACUCUAUCGUUUGCCCUUUUUGAUCAAGGAAAAGUCUACGCUCUUGACCCAACAAGUUUAGAAGAACGUUCAGCUGAUGGAAAACUUGUAUUGGGGUUGAACGCAUAUCGAGAGCUUUGCACGUUACAGAUAUCCGGCGACGGGGUGUUUAUUCGCAAGGAGGCCGUUCUUUCGUGUGCGAACGUGGCUGCAUCAAGAGCUGUCGAAAUGGUUGAAAUGCUGAAGAAGUGUCUAGCUGCAGAUGCAGCUGAAAGAAUCAAAGGCAAGUAUGACGGUCUAGUUACUAGUGUGGCACUUGAGGCGGAAAGAAUAACCACUCAGUCACAAGCUAGGGCAUAUUUCAAGACACCGGUCCAUAAUUUAGAAGGAAAUGCAGACGAGGAACCUUUGUCAGUUCCUAAGACAAAAUUAGUCAAGGACCAAGGAAUCGUUACGUUGCAAACCAGCAGUGAUGUUUCCAGCAGCGAAAGCGACGCAGAAAUGGAGCCACUUCCUCCUGUACCGGUAGUGAAAAAGAGAGUGUAUGAAGAAAUAGAUAUUGGAAAUGAUAGCGAGGAAGAGCCGGUCAUGCUGGUAACGAAAGAACUUACUUAAAAAUGAAAACGAUAUAAACACGAAUGAAACCUUUCGUUCGAAUGUAUUUGAAUUUACAAGGUUAAAUUAAUAAUUAAAACAUGCAAAGGAGAAAACAACA